GCGGAUUUUGUGGAUCCAACUCCGAGCCUACUCUAAGUUUCCACUGCGCUAGCAGGUUUUUUUUCUUCUCGUGAAUGGCAUUGAUGGCAUCUUCUGCUUCGGCUGCACUCGUGCCCUUCAACCGGAUUUCUGGGGGCACAAACAAGUGGAGUAAGCUAAUUCUUUCACGAAGGACCGGGAUCAGCUUCUCAAUGGGGUCAAGUUGUCCAACAGAUGGAGCUCGAUACAUUGCGACGGGUGCAAUAGGGAGAAAUAGUGGUCCAGGUGUAGCGAAAUUAUCCGAAGGCAAAACAGAACCACAGACUUACUCGUGGCCAGACAAGAAGAAGCCACGGGUUUGUAUUUUGGGUGGUGGAUUUGGUGGUUUAUACACUGCCUUGAGACUGGAAUCACUUGUGUGGCCUGAUGGAAAGAAACCUCAGGUACUUCUUGUUGAUCAGUCUGAUCAUUUCGUUUUUAAGCCAAUGUUGUACGAGCUCCUAUCUGGAGAAGUAGAUGCAUGGGAAAUUGCUCCUCGCUUCUUGGAUUUACUGACAAACACUGAUGUGAAGUUCUUCAAAGACAGGGCAAAAUUAUUACAUCCCUCUGAUCAUUUGGUAGCAGAAGCACCUAAAGGAUCUAGUUGUGCAGGAACUGUGCUGCUUGAUAGUGGCCUCCUUAUUGAGUAUGACUGGUUGGUUCUUGCUUUGGGAGCUGAAACUAAACUAGAUGUUGUGCCUGGUGCUUUAGAGUUUGCAUUGCCUUUCUCCACUCUAGAUGACGCAUGUAAAUUGAACAAGAAAUUAAGGGUGUUGGAGCGUAGGAACUUCAGUAAAGAUUCUCUUAUUCGUGUGGCUGUUGUUGGCUGUGGCUACUCUGGUGUGGAGUUAGCUGCCACAGUAUCAGAAAGACUACAAGAUAGGGGAAUAGUACAAGCUAUUAACGUCGAUACCACAAUCUGCCCUUCAGCGCCAUCUGGAAAUAGGGAAGCUGCCUUAAAAGUACUUUCUUCAAGAAAAGUUCAGCUUCUCUUGGGUUAUUUUGUCAGCUGCAUUCGCAGAGUAGGUGACUUGGAAGCUUCAGGACAUGUGACAGAGAGUGUAACAGCCCUGAAUUUUGAACAAUGUGACUUUGAUAGAUAUAUUUUGGAACUUGAACCUGCUGGAAAAGGAUUAGAAACUCAAAUUGUUGAAGCGGAUUUGGUAUUAUGGACUGCAGGGUCUAAACCUCUUCUUCCUGAACUGGAACCCUGUAAUAAACCCCAUGAACUUCCCCUCAAUUCCAGGGGACAGACAGAAACAGAUGAAACUCUUCGUGUUAAGGGCCAUCCACACAUAUUUGCACUCGGUGACUCUUCUGCUUUUAGAGAUUCAAAUGGAAGGCUUCUUCCUGCCACUGCUCAGGUUGCCUUUCAACAAGCAGACUAUGCUGGUUGGAAUCUGUGGGCAGUAAUUAAUGACCGUCCUUUGUUGCCAUUCAGAUUUCAGAAGCUAGGAGAGAUGAUGACUCUGGGGAAAAAUAAUGCUGCUAUUUCACCAAGUUUCAUUGAGGGACUAACUCUAGAGGGUUCUGUUGGUCACACUGCGAGAAAAAUAGCCUACUUGCUAAGAUUACCAACAGAUGAACACCGGUUCAAAGUGGGGCUCAGCUGGUUCACCAAGUCAGCUGUAGACUCUGUUGCAUUAUUGCAAAACACCCUGGCUAAGAUUCUCUCUGGCUCCUAGGAUUCUUCUAUUCUAUUAGAAACCGGUAACAUUAUGUUGUGUAAUCCAUUCAAUAAAAUUAAGAUUAGAGAGAAGAAAACUAAUGGAAAAAGACAUGGUAGCGUUAAGGCCAGGGGCUGUCAAGAGGAAAAGGUUCCCUUAGCAAACUGGACACUCUUCGCAAUUCACAUGACAUGGGCCCUAUAGCAUUGCUUUUUCAUAAAUUGCAGAUUCGCCUUCUUUAACCUUCUUGUUGUUUUGCCUUGGAGUUUUAGGUGAAACUUUUGAGCAAGAUAUUGAACACCAAACUUUGCUAUGCAUUUAACUAGUUCUCAUCUCUGUAGUUAAAACCAACUUUUGCUUAUGGGGUCUUAUCAAAGGGAGUAGGACGCUCUUGCUUUUAGGUUUUCAGACAAAACAAAAAGUAUGACAUGUGAAUCAGUUGAAAGUACAUUUUGUGAGAACAAUAAUGUUGAGGCCAAUCU